CUCAAGUGUAGAGCCGUUUGUUUUUCACCUUUUUCAGAUAGUUUUCUUCCUCGCCGUCGUGCAAAACGAUAUGGCACCUCAGAGACCGCGGUCGCAGGAUCUUGGCCGCCGCGCACUGCUGCUCGUAGCAGGCGGCGCCUUUUGCCUAGCCAGCGAGCAGGCGUGGCUCGCACCCUCCAGGCGCGCUGCGGCUGCUGCAGUGGUUGCAGGCUUUGCGCAGCCUGCCCUGGCCCAGGGCGGCAGCGUCUUCGGAGACUUCGAUGGCAUCAAAGCUGGGCCUGCGGGCGACAUUGGCCCCGGCGCUGACGUCAAGACCUACGCGGACUCUCCAGAAGUGGUGGCCAAGCGCAAUGCAUGGCGUGAGCAGGAAACCAAGCGCCAGGACCAGGUGUAUCAGCAGUUCCGCGGCAUCUUUGCGGACUUUGCCAAGGAUGGCACAGACGUGGACACCCGCGUGGAACUGCUCGAGAAGAUGAAGGAGAUCACCCUGAAGGAGAAGAUGCUGCCAAUCGGGAUCACCCGUGAGGAUGUCGUCAAGGGCAUCAGGGCAGUGAAAUUCAACGAGGGCUGCAUCAAAGACAAGGUCAAAAAGAUUCCUGAGUGCAAGAAGCUGGAGAAGGGCUACCAGAGAUUCCUGGCAGCCAUCGACAAGGUGUAUGACCGUUCAUUGGUGACGGCCCGCUGAGCCCAUCUUCAGCUAGCUCAUACCUGACGAGCCGUGGCGCCAGACACAGUCCUUCCUUAGUCCUUACUUACACAAGUCGGAACCGACAGAUUCUCUUCCUGGAGAUUCCACUUCGGCUCAUGGUCCUAGUGACCUCAGCAUGGCAUCGAUCCA